AUGGCGGCCAAUUUUGCCCCUACGAGCACGCGCAUCCUGCUCCGGUUCGCAUCGACGCAUUCCUCCGCCGUCGCGUCGCGCCUGCGCAGCCGCGAGGUGCUCAUACCGGCGUCGUUGCACAACGUCGGCGACCUCGCGGCCUGGAUCCGGGGCCGCUACCGCGUCGUCGAGGACGCGGACGUGCGCCUGCAGUGGAAGGGCCGGCCGCUGGCGUCGACGCGGACCCUGGCGUCCGUCGUCGGCCGCCGCGGCGCCGCCGCCCAGCCGCCGCUCCUCGAGGUGCUCUGCGCGGCGCCGGCGCCGCCAACCGCCGCGCCAACCGCCGCGGGCCGGCCGUCCAAAAAGCGGCCCCGCGACGCGACGGCGGAGACGGCGCCGGAGCCGACGCCGCGGAGCCGCCGGCGGUCCGCCGAGUCGCUCGACAGCGUCGCGUCCGCCGACGUCGAGCGCCCGGCGUCCUCGCCGACGUACCCGAUGAGCGAGUACGACGACGAGGACGAGCCGCUCCACUGCCUGCCCCUGCUGCCGGACCACAAGCGCCACCUCGUGCCGUCCUGGGCGCGGCCCGAGUCCGCCUGGCUCCGCGCCGCGGCCGCGUCGCAGGACGCGGACGGCGCGGCCGUCUUCGGCGCGCCCGCGGCGACGUGCGACCUCCGGCCCAUCUUCGGCCGGUCGCCCGCGGCGCCCCGGGGCCGGGCCGCCCGCCCGCCCGACUCCUCCGACUCCGAGCGCUGGUCGCCGCCGCGGCCGCCGCGGACGCCGCGGUCGUCGUCGCCCGGCGACGACGAUCUGGAGGCGUCGUCGCCGAGCCAGUGGCCCAGCGCGGCCUGCGGCGGCCCGGCCAAGGACGUCGCCCUCGUCGUCGUCGCCGCGGCGGACCUCGAGCCGCCGGGCGGGGGCGUCGCGGUCGCGCGCGGCCACCGCUACCCGACGGUCAUGCGCGACGUCGACACGUUCGGCAACCUCCGGCGCCACUACGCCAAGCACAACGCGCUCCGCGAGACGGAGCUCGCGCUCUUCCACGGCGGCGCCAAGCUGCCCCUGCUCUCCUGCGCGCGCGACCGCGGCCUCGCCGGCGACGCGACGAUCGAGGUGCGCCACCAACCCCGCGGCGCGGACGCGGCCGAGCGCUGCGCGCCCCGCCGCAUCUCGUCCACGUCCUCCGACGAGGGCGCGCGCGCCGCCAUCUAG